UAUUGCUUUGAGAUAUUUUGCAUUUGAAAUAUAAAUAAAAUUAGUAAAGCAACGUUUUUAUUUUUGUUUGUUUAAUUGCUAAUGUCCAGAAACAAUAAAAAUCGUUCCGCUAAAAAGCAGAAACGUAAAGAAAGACGUACAAAUAAAAGGACAUUAAGAAAAAUGGAACGUGCGGUGAGUUCUUCCAACAAUGCCUCCAAUGCAGGUGGCAGUAACGUGGUUGCUGGUGAUUCCCAACAGUCUGGAUCAAAUAAUGGCCUCAUGUCUGACAUAAAAAGAAAACGUUUAGCUAGAAAGCAGAGACUUAAAAAUCGACGAGAAUUUCACGCAUCUAUAAAGGAAAUGAUUCGUGCUGCCAAGCGUACGAAGCGUUCGAACCGAUCAAACGUCUCCAGUCCAGUUGAAAGUAAUGUGAUUGCUGCUGAUUCUCAACAGUCUGAGGUGAAUAAUGUAAGUUAAUAAACAUAUGUGUUAUAUGCUUGUUUAAUAUGCCCAGUUU